AUGGCUAAGGGACCUAUUCCCAGUACCUAUAAUACCGCUACGGAGAAUGGGUUGAGCACCGCUUCACCGGCAGUUUUCCGGAGUGCCGGGUCAGCACAUGUCCUCCGAUCCAGUAGCCAGUUAGACCCAAGACAGCAUCUAGAUGUGCCUGGCAGACUCGAGACGCCAUCAAGUGAGCAGACAACAGGGGAACGAGACUAUCUGAAUACCGACGAAGAGAUCUGUUUCAUGCAGGCCUUCAUAGACGACGUGGCCAGCUGGAUGGACGCUUUAGACAAGGACAAACACUUCGCCACAACGGUGCCCUACCUAGCACUCAAGCUGCCCAUGCUGCUCAACGCAAUGCUAGCCUGCGGGGCCAAACACCUAGCGCUAAUCGGUGCACAAGACGGCGAGAAAGCAGACUAUUACUACGACAUGGCGACGACCCAGCUCAUGCGCAGCCAGCAGAGCCGAGAUCGCGACCUCACAGAGUGCGCGCUGACGGCCGUUGUGCUUAAUGCCUACGAUAUCAUGGGCGACCGGCUCAACCAUCGCCUGGGACACAUCGCAUCCACGCGUGCGCUGAUCCGCGGAUGCGGUUGGGACGCCUCCUCGGCCGGUCUCGGGGCCGCCUGUUUCUGGGUCAAUGUUGGGAUGGAAGUGCUCAGCUGCAUAUCCUUUGGCUGGCCGACGGCUUGGGACCCCGAUCAAUGGGGUCUGGACCUGGAGUUUGCCAUUCUGGGAGGCGUAAGCAGGAGCAGGAGCCGCAGCGUCGCUACCAGCGAUGACAUAUGGAGUGUCCAGGUCGAGAACGGCGGUGCUCGCCAUCCCACCGUCGAGAACAAUCCCGAACAGCUUGGCGACGAGGAACUUUGGGUGCAUCGCAUCUUCUACAUAUUGGCCAAGGUCGCAAACUUCCGCGCCAACGCUCCGCAGUUCCAAGAACCGUCGCCCCAUGACGAGCAGGUGCGCCUGCAGAACCGAUUCGCCGAGUGGAGACGCCUCCAGAACAUGUGCAACGCUUGGAACCUCAACUGCCCCCGGUCGAUGCGUCCAUAUGGAUAUUCACCGGGACCGUCGCCCAAGUCUCUCUUUCCUAACGUGUGGCUCAUAAAACCCUCCGCUAAGCUCGGCAGAGCCUUCUACCACACAGCUAUGUGCCUCCUAGCACAGAUCAACCCCCUCGACCCGCGCGACAGCAGGGAAAACCGGGCCGCACAGCUCCACCACGCGCACCACGUCUGCGGCAUCGUCGCCCAUACCCGCGAUCGCGUCGUCAUGUCGAUCGCCAUCCGCAGCCUAGCCGUUGCUGGCGCCGCGCUAGCUGAUCGUCGUGAGCAGAGCGAGGUGCUCGGCAUCCUGCAGCGGAUCGGCUCGGAAACGGGCUGGCGGCUGGGGAGGAUUGCGGCCGAGCUGAAGAGCGCGUGGGGGUGGGAAGACGCCGUGGGGGCGAGUCCGCCGUCGGCGUCGAGUCUCGGCCAGUUGGCUCCGUUACCUCCUCCGGUUGGGUUGCCGCAGGGCAUGAGUCUGCGGAGCGGGCGAGGCGGUGAAGUACGAGGAAAGAUGGUGAACGACCGGGGCUAG